AUGACUUUGAAAACGUUCCCUCACGAGGAGUACACCUCGAUAUAUCACAAGAACCCGCUCCAGCAUUCUGCAUCUGUUCGUCCGUUGUUAGUUUUAAUUCCCGGAAAUCCAGGCUUGGUUGAUUUUUAUAUUACUUAUUUGAAUUUAAUCCAAAAAAGGAAUCCUAAUCUUGAAAUAUUGUGUAUUUCUCAUGCAGGCUUCAAAUCUGAUGGAAAUAUUAUAGAUGAUGAUUCAGUUUUCACAUACUACAAUUUAGAAUUCCAAAUAGAACAUAAAAUUGACAUUCUUAAAUACUUCAUUUUAAAUGAAAACAGAAACACCGAGUUGUAUUUUCUAUCUCACUCUGUGGGAUCUUAUAUUAACCAAAGAGUCGUUCAUCGUUUGUUGAAUAAUAGCGAGCUUCAGAACAAAAUGGAUAUAAAGUUUCUUGGGUUAAUUUGUCCAACAAUUAUAGAUAUUGGCAGAUCCAAUUCAGGCCAAAUUAUAACGAAAAUGUUUGCAUAUCUACCAAUAAUCCAAAUUGCGAUAUAUUUAUCUGUUCUUAUAAAUUCUCUUUUUCCUGAAUCAUUUGUCAAAUUCGUUGUCAAAAAUGUAGUAAUUGACAAGUCCUCAUCUACGAGAGAAGAAUCACAGGAAUCAAUAGAGAAUUCGACUAUAGGCGCGUUGAAAAUUUUCAGGUCUAAGAAUAUUAUCAAGCAGGCUUUGAACUUGGCGAAGGAAGAAAUGAAGACUAUUCUCAAAGACGAUGAAUUUAAUGAUUGGUUCUUCAAAGGUUUACCAUCAAAAUACGAUAUACGAAUUUGGGCAUAUUUUGCCCAUACUGACCACUGGGUUCAUGAUACUACUAAGGACUAUAUAUUAGCUAGAUAUCAUAGUGAUAGCAACAAGAAGUUGUCAUUUCAAAUAGGAGAUAUGGAAGAUUCUAUAACGCAUAGUUUUUGUGUAAAUGAAAGUAUCGAAUUUUCACAGAUUACAAGUGAAAAACUAAGCGAUAUUUUACCAUAG